AUGGAUUACAUGGCCGAAGAAUUAGAUGGCCAUUCUGAAGGGGUUGGGCAAUAUAGAUUAAAUUCAUAUUCAGAUUCGUGUGACAAAAUUUACAUACCGCAACUACGAGAUGACCACAAGCCAAAAUCAGGCCAAGGAUUUGAGUCAUUAGAUGAUGCUCAUGAGUUCUACAAUAAUUAUGCCAAGGAAGCUGGUUUCAGUGUCAGAAUCAAUUCUAGUAGGAAGAAUAAAGAAACUAAUGAAAUCCUACGAAAGGAGUAUGUGUGUUCUAAAGAAGGAGUGCCCGCUAAAGGAGUUGGUGAGAAAAAAAGGCGUAGAGGUAUUACUCGAGAGGGUUGUAAGGCAAAGCUAGCUGUGGUGAAGUCGAAAUCAGGAACCUAUGUGGUUAGCCUAUUUGUGGAGGGUCACAACCACCCAUUAACAAGUCCUAAAAGAGUACACUUGUUAAGGUCUCAUCGUACAAUGUCAAAUUCUCAUAAGUGUAUAACCCAACUAUUUUCAACAACAAAUAUACCUACACAUCAACAAUUUAGCCUUCUUGAAAUGCAAGUUGGGGGGAUAGAAAAUGUUGGAUGUCUAAAGAAGGAUAUUUACAAUAAUGAAAGGAAUUUGCAUAAUGGGUUGAAGGAACAUGAUGCAGAUAUGUUGUAUGAGCAUUUCCAACUAGAGCACGAAAAGAAUCCGUCCUUCACUUUUAAGAUUGAGGUAUUGCAGUGCAUGUGGGAAUCAGAAAGCACUGAAGAGUUUGACUCAAAGUGGAUGAAGAUUGUGGAAAAAAGUGAGUCACAAGAUAAUGACUGGUUACGAUCAUUGUAUGAAAUUCGUUCAAGUUCGGUUCCUGCAUAUGUGAAUCAUGUUUUUUCAGCUAGAAUGACAAGUAGCCAACGAGCAGAAAGUUGCCAUGCAUUCUUCAAGAGAUAUGUUUCCAAAAAUAAUUCUUUAACCGACUUUAUAACAUGGUUAAGCAGGGCACUUGUACGACAACGUCAUCAAGAGUCAAGUGCUUAUCAUAUUGAUAAGAAUGAGAAACCUGUGUUGAAAUUUCCACUAGAGAUGGAAAAGCAAAUGGCUGGGACUUACACAGGUAAAAUUUUCUAUGAAUUUCAAGAUGAAUUAUUGUGCACUUUGUUAUAUAUGAUUGAGUUGAUAAGUGAGACUGCCAACUAUUGUGUGUACAAAGUUAAGAGGAGAAACAAUGACCAUGGUUCUAGAGUGCGAGAAAUUGUUCAUGAAAAGGAAUUGGAUUUUGCUUCGUGUAGUUGCAAAAAAUUUGAGAGUCAAGGAAUCACAUGUAGACACAUCUUGGCAUUUUUGAAUACUAUGCGGUUCACUUAUUUUCCAGACCAAUAUAUCUUGAAGAGAUGGACUAAAACUGAAAAUUUAGACAGAGUUUUUUAUGAUGAUGGUCUAGAAUCAGAUUCAUCAGACACUGGCUGCACAGAGGCAACAAAAGCAACAUGUUGGUCAUCAUCAUAA